AUGCCGCGCACUCUUCUCACCGGUGCCAACUCCUUUGUUGGAGCUCAUGUCAUCAACUCUCUCAUCGCUGCUGGCUAUGACGUUGUUGGCACGGUUCGACGAGAAAAUCUAACUAGCGAGAUCUUGGCUCUUCAUCCUGAGUGGAAAGAGAAGCUUGAGCUUAUAGUCGUUAAGAACUACGCGGAUGAGAGCGUCUGGGACCACGUCUUCGAGACAUACCAGCUCGAUCAUAUCGUCCAUGUUGCUGCCCCACUGGUUGACAUACCAGGCGAAACCGAUUACGAUCGGGAUUUCCUGACGCCAAACGUGGAGAACAACCUCGCUCUUCUCCGCUCCGCGAAACGCAUCGCGCCGACCGUCAAAUCCGUGGCCGUCACCGGCUCCAUCAAUGCCUUGACCACAGGCUCUCCCGAGGAACUGCUCGCCGGCCCCAUCACGAACGAGACCUGGCUCCCCAUCACCAGGGAACAGGCACGGGAGGUGAACAACAACUACAUCUCAUACUGCAGCGGCAAGAAGGAGGGCGAGCUGGCCCUGUGGGACUUUGUCAAGGCCGAGAAGCCGCCCUUUUCCGUGACCGUGUUCCUGCCCGCACUGAUCUUCGGGCCGCCGCUGCAACCCAUCAAGGACCUCAGAAGCAGCCUCAACUACAGCACCAACGUCAUCUACAGCUUCUUCAACGGCACCCACGAGACCAUCCCCGCGACUUCGUUCCCGUCCUUUGUGGAUGUUCGCGACCUGGCGGAUGCCCACGUCAAGGCCCUGACAACGCCUGCCGCUGCCAACCGGAGGCUGUUGGUUAAUGGGAAGCCCAUGACAUACACGUCGCUUGUGCACGCUCUCGCCGAGGCGAUACCUGAGCUGGAGGGCCGGCUGCCUGCCGAUAGUGGGGAGGAUGCAAAGGUCACACCAGCUCGAAUUGAAGCCGAGGCGGAUAACGAGCUGCUGGGAUUGAAGUUUCGCACGGUAGAGGAGACCAUGGCGGAUACGGCGAGGAGAAUUCUCGAGCUUGAGAAACUUGAGACGUAAGAGAGCGUAUAGCAGCGGUCGACAGCAUUGUAUCCUUUUUAUAAGUAAUUCCAUCAGCAGUCUUCAUCCCUUGCUC